AUGGAGCCAGUGCUCCACAGUUUUUCGUUAAGGUGCUGUAACAAAGAGGCCCUGGACCGCAGCAUCCUAAAACCAAGCCUCCUUCAUGUUACAGUUCGGAAAGGUGUCCCAGGAGAUUACAGCAAACGUGUGUACCAGGGCGUGAGAGUGAAGCACACAGUCAAAGAUCUCCUGGCAGAGAAGCGAUCCAGGCAGACGAGCAACUCCAGACUCAAUGGCAGUGCCAGCAACUCCCAGCCUCCAUUCGUCCAGAUGCCAGGAUCACCAGUCAUGUCUGGCUACUACGGUGUCAGGAGGUCUUUCCUGUCUGAUUCGGACUUCCAUAGCGGCAAACAGUUCUCCAAUGACCUCUACACCUCCAGCACCACCAAGCCCUUUGCCUGUGAAUCCUCCGCUGGGCAGAGUCACACAGGCCUGCUGGAGUCCUACCUAGCAGAGCCCUAUGGAGACUACCGCCCACCAGCGCUGACCCCGACACCGGGUUCCCUGUUCGGCACCUCAACUCUGCCGCCGCUCCUGCCACCUCCUUUCCCCAGUGACCCAACUCACUUUGUGUGUAGAGACUCCUGGGAACAGACGGUGCCAGACGGUCUCAGCCAGCCAGACCCUGUGCCUGCGGAUGCCCUGCAGACCUUUCCACCCAGCAGCAGCUGUCUCUCUCAGCUGGAGUCAGGAAGCAGCACCCAGCACAGGAGCAUGGGUUGGGGGCCGUCUCUCGCGGGGGCUCAGUCCUACUCAAUGCAUGCACUGGAGGACCUGCCCCACACUCCAGCGUACCCCACUCCCCCUCCCUACCCCUUCACUUCUUUCAUGACAGUGUCAAAUGACCUCCCACCCAAGGUGGUGCCCCUCUCCCUAGAGGAGGGCUCAGAUGCCUCUUCCCUUCAUGAUCCUUCACCUUGGACGAAAGAAGAUGGCAGCAUGGCCUGGGGCUCUUAUGAAUGCCGGAGAGCUUACUGA